AUGUCUGCGACUACUGGCAGAAGCAACAGGGCUGAUGAACGGCGGUCUCCUUCCUCGUCACCCGAGACGUUGGAGAGUAGUGUCUUUUGUAAGUCACUGAUCUAUGGCACCGGAACGGCGAGUGAUGACGCAACUGUCACCGACGAUUCCGUCCGCCUCUACUUCAUCAUCAUCCUCAUCAUCGUCCCUGAGGACCUCCCAGCUAUAAAGUAUCGCCACACGAUGGUACUCGUAUCUCGUGCCUUGUACAGUCGUAGGAUCGCUGAUAUGGUGUGUACAAGUCACGAGGCGAUGGCUGUUGCCCACAGCAGAGGGACGGAGGAGGACGAAGAGGAUAGUCCUAAGCAUGAGCACUCGAGUAGUGACAAUAGCGCGGCUGCAACGAACUGUGCUUGUACCAGGAGGAAUACUAGAACUGAUAUGAAAAAGUGCUAUUGCGCUUUAUCCCACUCGGCAUCAGCUAGCUCAGCUCAGCAGCAGCAGCAGUCGGUGGUGAUGGCAUGUGGUAGUUCAGGGCCAUUGGCCCACAACGCCUCGGUCAGCUCUAGUGGUGUGGCUAGUCCGAGUGUGGCGGGCUUGGCUCGUUCGGUGACCAGUGAGAGCACCCUCAGUGUGCAGGAUAGAGGGACGGCUUCCUUGGACCUACGAAGGGGCUUCUCGAGCUCAACGACUGUCAUCAGUAGGAUUGCCUUUGAAUCGGUAUCCCACAAAUACUCAGCAACCAUACCAAGGUUGACGAGCUUCUCAGCAGCUAUCAAUACUUGUCUUAUCUUCGUCUUGGCGGCUGACUUGCCUCCCUCUGGCUCGGGUCCUUGGAUGCCGGACUCCCCUUGUGGGGCGCAACAGGGAGGGGCAUCAUCGUCUACGCCCUCUUCAUCAGCAGCAGCAGCUGGGGUAGGGUCCUCGGACAUGUCUGGGGUCGAUCUUGGGAUGUGCCGAGUGAGUGCAGUGGAAGGGGUAGAGUGCGGUGGCUGCUUUGGUUUCUGGGGUCACCAUAAUAGGGCUCGGGGCUCUGAUCAGCAACAACGGGAUGGAGGCUCUAGCAGUGAAGUGGAAGUUCGAGACGAUGAACGCAUCGAGGACGAUUUGAGGAUGCUAGAAUUGCGACUGAGGCAAUGGCAACGGCAGAGGCAGCAUUUGGUUGAGGAUGCGAAGCCGCUUUCUGUGCUGUUGGUCAUCACUGAUUUUGAUAGGAAGAUGCAGCUUGACCAGGAGGAGCACAUCUUCACCAAGCAGGAGCGACAGGAGUUGAAAAACAAGCAUACUUUACUGUUGUCCUCAGUGGACUCUCUAUGGGACAAGUGGGGUUCGAGAGGCGAGAGAGUUUUGGACGAUAAGAUAUUCACAUCGUGGGAUGGUGACAGGCUGCAUAGUGUGGUGACAGAGCUCUCGUCUAGACUGGCACAUGCAUAUUUUACUAGUAGGCCUUCUAAUCCAGUCUAGUAUGAAUAAUAUAUUGCACGAUUGUAUCUCUUUGUUUCCUGGCAGUGUCCUUGUAGUAGAUGUAUCCUCAUAGUGUUGGUCACAGUAUGGUCAUGUUCCUCCCGUCCCUCGUUGAGGGUUUGCUGUGGUUGACCCCAACCAAUGAGGUGGUUAUAAUACUAUUUACCGUGCUCUAGUACUGUUGUUCCAAAGUAUUGAAUACAUUACUUGGUGUACCUGUGCUCGUUGUGGGGAGUGGGAGUCGCUUUGUUGCCUUUUGUAAACUACUCUGGCUUCCCUAUGUGAAGCAGCUCCGUCUACGUUCUUGUCAAUUGAGGUUAAAUUGCCUCGGUCAGCCACUGGUUCCCAUUAGUUACCGACAGCGCGUCUUGGCUGUUUCGGGUUUAUCACAUUUCGCGCCCCGUUUUGUACGUGUCCUGUUUGUCAAGUCACCCCUCAGCCGGCUGGUGGAAUAUCGCAGCAGACGUUUGUUAUCGAUGGUUGGGAUGAUGUUCAGUCUUGAACUGCUGGGUAGACUGGCGCAAGGCUGCAUUCCAUCAUCAUUUCUGGAAGAGUUUCUGUCCCUGCUCCUACUGCUGUUCUUAGUACUGUUGAUAUCCACGCUAUAUCAGAGCUCUGUACUAUUCCUCGAUGUACUGCUAUUCACCCCCAACUGCGUUCUACCGUCUUCGCUUGCCUUACACAAACUUGGGCGUUGUGACCU